CAGCAGCCUAACCUCCACCGCGGGUGAGCAUACCAGUACUCUCUUCAACUUCAAGUCUCAGUCUCCCUCCUCUGCAAGCUUACCAAAGAUUGGGACGAAGCUCAACCAUCCCGCGUCGUUGCCGCAGCCACCGCACCCUCAUCGGACGCCGAUGGAAUGCCUCCCUGUGCCACCGGCGAUGCCCUGCGCGGCUCUGAAUCGUAGCCGCGUUCGGCUACCACGCGUCGUCCGGGGGAUCGAACCGGUUACGGCGCCAUUCGAAGGACGAUCCAAGCUCGAGAUGAAACCGAUCCGGAAGGUCCUCGAUGACUCUGUGAUCGAGCCGGUGCGUGUGGCGGACUUCAUCGAGAGAUCUAAAGAGAUUGUCCGGCCCGACGGCGGUCCGGCGCGCUGGUUCUCUCCGCUGGAGGCUGGGUCUCGGACCGCUGGUUCCCCCCUUCUCCUCUAUUUGCCCGGGAUUGAUGGUACAGGACUUGGAUUGAUUCAGCAUCAUCAGAGGCUGGGGAAGAUGUUUGACAUUUGGUGCUUGCAUAUCCCAGUUGCUGAUCGCAUGCCAUUUGAAGGUUUGGUGGAGUAUGUAGAGAAGACAGCAAAGACAGAAAAUUCUCACUUCCCAAACAAGCCUAUUUAUCUUGUUGGUGAAUCGCUUGGUGCUUGCAUUGCUCUUGCUGUAGCAACACGGAACCCAAAUAUUGAUUUUAUAUUAAUACUAGCCAAUCCAGGAACAUCCUUUAAUAAUUCCCAAAUGGAAUCUCUGUUGUCCAUAUUGGAUGUUGUUCCGGAACCAUUUCAUGCUGCCAUCCCAAAUCUCCUGAAGUUUCUGACAGGUAGUCCCUACAUGAUGACCUCGGGUUAUAUAGAAAAUCAACCUUUUAUUCCUGAAGUUGUUAAGGAAUUAUCUGAGAGCUUGGCUGAUGCAUUGAAUUACUUCUCAUUCUUGGUCAAUACAUUACCAAAGGAAUCUCUGCUUUGGAGAUUGAAGAUGCUCAAAUCGGCAUCUUUCUUUGUAAAUUCUCGCCUUCAUGCAAUCGAAACUCAGAUUUUGAUACUUGCCAGUGGAAGGGAUCAGUUGUUGCCAAGCAGAGUUGAAGCUGAGAGGCUUUGUAAGGCCUUACCAAAUGUCAGAGUUCGUCAUUUCACAGACAAUAGUCAUACAAUUUUGCUGGAAAGGGGAAUUGAUUUGGUGACAAUCAUAAAAGGUGCUGGAUAUUAUCGUUGUUCAGGAAAUAUCGACUAUGUAAAAGAUUAUAGAAGGCCUACUCCUCCUGAAUUCCAAAAAGCAUUACAAAAUUACAGAUGGGUUGAUGAUCUUGCUGACCCGGUAAUGUUCUCAACUCUAGAGAACGGGAAAAUGGUGAGAGGGCUUGAAGGAAUACCUUGUGAGGGACCAGCUGUGCUUGUUGGAUAUCACAUGUUAAUGGGUUUUGAUUUGGGUUCUCUGGUCUCACGGUUCUUGACUGAGAAAAAUAUUCUUCUUCGAGGCAUUGCACAUCCAUUUAUGUUCAAUAGAGCAUCAGAAUUGCUAAUGCCAGAUUCAUCUUCUUUUGAUGGAAUGAGACUUAUGGGUGCUGUUCCAGCCUCGUCAAUUAAUUUCUACAAGCUUUUAUCGAGAAAAGAAUUUGUUUUACUGUUUCCUGGGGGAGCACGAGAAGCUCUUCAUAGAAAGGGUGAACACUACAAGCUGUUUUGGCCAGAACAAUCUGAGUUCGUCAGAAUGGCAGCCAAAUUUGGUGCUACCAUCAUACCAUUUGGCGCUGUUGGAGAAGACGAUAUACUUGAAGUGAUCCUUGAUUACAAUGAUCUUAUAAACAUCCCCUAUAUGGAUGUACUCCACAAAAGAAUAAAUAUGGAUGAUGUGAGAAUGAGGGCUGAUUAUACUGGUCAGGUUGCACACCAAGAACUCUACCUCCCAGGAUUACUGCCCAAGUUUCCUGGACGAGUUUAUUUUUUGUUUGGCAAACCAAUCGAAACAAGAGGGCGCGAAGCGGAGCUCAGGGAUAGGAAAAAGGCUUAUCAACUCUAUAUGCAUGCCAAAUCUGAAGUCAAAAACUGUAUUUCCUACUUGUUGGAGAAAAGAGAGAAGGAUCCAUACAGGAAUCUAUUGCCCAGGCUUCUUUACAAGGCAACUCAUGGUUUUACAUCAGUAGUUCCUACCUUUGAACUUUGAAGAUCAAUUAAAUUGCUCUCAGGUGUGUAGCAUAGACUUUUGUGUCAUGCUAUUUUCUCAUUCAAUUCCAACAGUUGUAAAAAAAAAACUUUUUAUUAUUAUUUCAGAUAUACUGAAAAUAAUUUGAUGAUUAUUUAUUUUA